CAAAAGUACCAAGUCAAAUUUUUUGUUUCUGCCUACACAUUUUAUAUGUUUUAAAUAGAAAUUGCAAUCAUUUAUUAAAUAAAAUUUGAAAAAGAACUAUGGAUGAAAAACAGAAUAAUACCUACUUAAACAAACAAACAAAUAUAAUGAAAAAAGAGCUUGACAUUUUAAUUUCUAGAUAUACAAAAGAAUUGGCUGAAUUAGAAGAGAGAGAAGACAGUUUAAUAAGAGAAAUAGACAUUUUUGAGAAUCUUAAACUUUGUUUGACAGUUUGGUACGUUUGGAAGGGGGUUUCAGUGGUAGGAAUGUCUUCAAGUGACAUUAAUGUGUUCGUACAAAAAGAAGCUGAAGAAGCAAACAAAAAAUUCAUGCAUUUUGAUGGUAUUUUGAAUCAACUCCAACAAGCAGUUCAGCUAAUAAAAGACGAAGAAACAGAAAUUAAGAAAAGGAUAUAUGAGCUUAAAUUAUUAAGUGAUAAACAUGAUAAAUGUCUUGAUAAAAUGCCGGAAACAAUCCUACCAAACAACCAAGAACAGAAAAUCGAAGAAAUGAAGAAUAAAAAGGAAAUUUUGUUAAAACAUGAAGAAGAAAAGUCAAAAGAUUUGUUAGAAACUGACCAAAUCGAUUGGAAAAAGGCUUGUGAUGAUUUACUACAACAAGUGAAUGAGCUAAAAAAAGAUUUAAAAGAUUCUGCAAAAAGUCUAAAAGAAAGUGAAAGCUAUGCAAAACAUUUAGAAAACAAAUACUUGAGGUUAGAGAUGGAACUUAAAGAAAAAAUUGAACUGUUGGAAUCUAAAAAUGAUGAAUUAAUAUUACAGAAAGAAGUCCGAAAAAGUAAAGAGGUUCUCUUAUCAAUGCAAGAAGCUCUAGCAGAAGUACAGUCAUUAAAAGAAUCACUGUCUAAUUUGACAACACACAGCAAGGUCAAUCAUCAUAAACCUGUAUCCCAUGAUGCAAUGAUGACGCCAUCAAAUGAUCAAGGUUUUACUGAUGUUAUUAAAACAAAUGAAAGAAAUUUGGACGAUUCAGGAUCUAAAAUUGUACCUGCACUUAAUACUGUUAGUACUGCAUCUGAAAUAGCUACAAUUGGGCCAUUGGAAUUAAAUCAUGAAAAUAAAGUUUAUGCUAAACAAUCGGAGAGUCCUUUAGCUGCCACACAAUUAUUAGGAGGUCCUGCAGAAGAGGAGUUAAAGGAGGAGUCUAAACUAAUGCAACCAACCCUUCAAUCUGCUAGUCCUGAUCAAGGCAAGACUUUUCCAACUGUUAAACCUGUUGUUAACUACACAACUUCUAAAUCUGCUGAUGAUGGGACACGUCCAUCAAAAACUCCAAUGGAUUCAGAGACAUCACACAUUUCUGAUUCAUCAGUAACCAAGCAAAACUACAGUCAUUUAUCCCCAUCACAAACAGUAGCUAGCCCUAUAGCCACACAUGUUUCAGUUGAUGCGAAAUCUUCUAAAAAAGCUCAAACUAGUCAGGAGGAUUUAGAUUUGGUGCUUUCAUUCAAAACUGCCCAUCCUUCUUCAACCAAUAAAUACACUUCAGACCAGACAAUUUCUAAACAUGAAACGCUUGAGUCAAAGGAAGGAAACAAAGUUAUUUCUGAACAGUCUGAGGUAAAUGUGUUUGUGUCUGAAAAGGCAAAAGGUGCUAUAAUCCCUCAUAUUUCUAGUAAUGAGUCAUCUAAUAAAGAACAACCAGAAAAACAAGAUGAAAUCGGUUCAGGGCACAUACAUCCUCCAGUUGAAACUGUGAAUUCUGAUGAGCAAAUGGCUGUUCUAAAGACUACAUUUGAUUCAUACCAUGAAAUAUCUGAAGAUAAAAAACAUCAAUCAAAUACUUUAACUGACCCUAGUGAAUCAGAAGUUACUUAUCAAUUGACAAAGAAGCAGUCUUUUUUGCCCAAGGUUUCUGGCAAGUCUUUGAUUGCACCAUUGGAAUCUAAAGGCACAAAGGAAUCAUUUGUAAAAUUGGCUAGCUCUGAAACCACACACACUCCAGUGGAUGUAUUAUCUACUGAAAUAGCUAAAAAAACUCAAUCCGGAAUCACAGAUUCUGCACACAGGAUCAGCAAUGAUGUGGCUGUUUUAAAUGAGGGAUCUGUUCCAAAUAGGGUGAUUUCUGAAUAUUCAAAAGAUAAAAAAGAUAAAUCAUAUAUUUUAAAAACUGUUGUAUUUGAUUCUGAAUGUGCAAACAUUUCUGACCCCUUGACAAGGAAGCAACCGUAUGUGUCACAGAUGUCCGAAAUUGCUGUCAGUUCACCAAAGGAAUCGGAACAGUUUGAUAAUAACUUAAUUUCUUCACAAACAUCAGUUGGUCCUGAUACCACAAAUUUUAAAAACAGUGAAUUUAAUUGUCCAGAAGAGAGAUCCAACCAAUCAAAAGCAUCUGUUAAACAAUCAUUUAGUAAAUCUUCACAUUUAAAACAACCUGAAUUGGAAAAUGCAGAAUUGAUUCAGCCACCAUCUUCUCACAUUGUUAAGACUAUAUCCAAAGGGGAUAUCUCCACAUCAAAUGUCUUACCUUUUACGAAAGGCACAAGAUCACACAAUGAAUCACCUUUGGGAAAAGAAAUAAAAAGGUUGAUUAAUAGAUACAAUGCAGAUUUAACUUCUUUGGAAGAAAGAAAAGAACAUUUGGUACAACAAAUUGAAUUAUCAGAAUACCUCAUUCCUAUUGUUUCUGCAGGAUAUUUUUUAAAGCUAUUUCAAAAUAUAGAGAUACCCUAUAAAGAAGAUGAACCAUUACCAAACCACAAUGAAGAGGUAAAAGCAAGAGAAAAAGUCGAGAGUCUUAUAAUUUUCUUGAAGGAACUUCAACAAGCAAUUGAUCUAAUAAGAAAUGAAGAAGACAUGAUAUUGAAUAGAAUAAAAGAACUUGGACAGUUUAUUUCAGAUGAACAUAACCAGGUCCCUCAUAAAUUUGGAAUACAUAGAUUAAAUCAAGGAGAGGCUACUCCUGUUUUACUUGGAAUCACGGAUGGAUUAGAAACUAAUCAAAAUAAAGCACCAAUUUCAGACGAUCAAAGAAUAACAUUUGAUGAAGCAUUAAAACCUAAAGACAUUGAUUGGAAAAAGAUAAGUGAGAAUUUACAAUUUGAGAUAAGUGAGCUCAGCACAAAACUAAAUACUUCCUCACAACAGCUAAGGGAGAAAGAAGAACGAGUAAAGUUUUUAGAAGAAGAGUACGCUGCGUUAGAAAGGCAAUUACAAUCUAAAAUUCAAUUGCUAGAAAAAAGGCAAACCAAAUUAUUUACAGACAUUAUAGACCAAGAAGCACAAAAGAACAUACAGGAAGAGCUUGACAACAAACAAAUUAUUUCUGGAUUGCAAGAAUCUUUGGCAGAAGUAAGGUCAUUGAAAGAAAAUUUAUCAAAAUAUUCAACAAAAACUGAGGCUGAAAAUAUAGACCCUAAGGUUGUUGCAGUAGCUGCUGCUGAAACUCCUACCUCUUCUCAUGCUGACGUGUCAGAUGUUUUAGAUCUAUUAGGCACUGAAAAUAUUGAUCUCAAACCGUCAAUUUUAUCUCCGGAAGAUGUUAUCACAUUUAAACCACAGAAAGAUAUAAUUUCUCUAAAACCUCAAAUCUUUGAGUCUGUAACUGCCUCAGAGAUGAUAGUUAAACCUAUAAAAUCAGAUGAAGAUUUAAAACACAUGGCUGAAGACAAAGAUAUGGAUGUUCCAGUCCAUACAUCUUCCCUGUUAUCUAUCAAACGGAUGGAUCAGGAUGCAUUAUUAGAACAAGAUGAAAGUCAAAUAACAGAAACAGGAAAAUGUGAGCUAGACCCUAGAUUAGAAAGCAAAUUACUUAAAUAUGAUAUCAAACAAAGAACAAGCUCUGUUGGAGCUCUAGAUAUCACUAAACAAAAAAUUGUGUCCGAGACAACAGAAUCUCAUGAUAAAUUCUCAAAAUCAAGUGAAAACCUGGAAAAGCAUUCAAAGGUGUCUAAUGAGCUGACAUUAUCAAAUGAAGAACCUCAACAAAUGUUUGACAAUGAAGAAGAAAAAGAGAAAACAUUGAAUGCCUUACCUGACAAAGAAGCAACUACAUUACCAUCUAAAGUACAACUUAUUAAAAGUUCUGAAAAUAAAUUAUCCGAAAUGGAGGGAGAGUCAAAAUUACUUUCUACCAUUAUUGAUGGUUCUACGAGUACUAAACUAAAAACCAAUUUAGAAUCUUUAACAGCUUCUCAUGAGGUCACACCAGAAGUAGCAAAUGUACAAGGAAUCAAAUCACAGACAUCUGAUCUCAUAUCUAAAACCGAUAGUAAAACACCAUCAAAAAUGGAACCACUGUCUAAAGAACAUGUUCCUGAAACCCUACAAAGCAAAUUAUCAAAAUCUGAAAUAGAACCACAACCAGUUAGUCAAACUAUUGUGGAUCCUGUUGGUGUUACAGGAAGUGAAAUAGUACACAAAUCAACAGCAUCUGGUGUGGGACCUCAGGACAUGUCAGAAAAUGAAGAACAUACAGAAAAGACCUCUGAUGUUUUACCUGAAACAGAAGUGACAAAAUCACAAUCUAGAAGAUCAGAACCUAAAACACAGUUACAUAUACCACUUGAAAGCAAAUUAUCCGAACUAGAGGGAGAGUCAAAAUUACUUACUCCCAUUAUUUCAGUCCAAGGAAAGGCUCUCCCAUCAUUGGUUACUCCCAUUAUUGAUGGUUCCAUGAGUGAAUCAAAAACCAAAUUACUUUCUUCAACAGCUUCUCAUGACGACUCACCAAAAAUGGCAGAUGUACAAGGAAUUAUAUCACAGACAGCUGGUAUCAUUUCUAAAACCGAUAGUAAAAUGCCAUCAAAAAUGGAACCACUAUCUAAAGAACAUGUUCCUGAAACCCUACAAAGCAAAUUAUCAAAAUCUGAAAUAGAACCAAAACCAGUUAGUCAAAGUAUUGUGGAUCCUGUUGGUGUUACAGGAAGUGAAAUAGUACACAAAUCAACAGCACCUGGUGUGGGACCUCAGGACAUGUCAGGAAAUGAAGAACAUAUAGAAAAAACUUCUGAUGUUUUACUUGACACAGAAGUGACCAAAUCACAAUCUAGAACAUCAGAAUCUAAAACACAAUUACAUAUACCACCUGAAAAUAAAAUAUCCGAACUAGAGGGAGAUUCAAAAUUACUUACUCCCAUUAUUGAUGGUUCCAUGAGUGGUCCCAUUAUUUCUGUGCAAGGAAAGGCUCUCCCAUCAUUGGUUUCUCCCAUUAUUGAUGGUUCCAUAAGUGAAUCAAAAACCAAAUUAGUAUCUUCAACAGCUUCUCAUGACGACUCACCAAAAAUAGCAGAUGUACAAGGAGUUAUAUCACAGACUUAUGGUCUCAUUCCUAAAACCGAUAGUACAACACCAUUAAAACAGGAACCACUAUCUAAAGAACAUGUUCCUGAAACCCUACAAAGCAAAUUAUCUAAAUCUGAAAUAGAACCACAACCAGUUAGUCAAACUAUUGUGGAUCCUGUUGUUGUUACAGGAAGUGAAAUAGUACACAAAUCAACAGUGUCUGGUGUGGGACCUCAGGACAUGUCAGAAAAUGAAGAACAUACAGAAAAUACCUCCAAAGUUUUACCUGACACAGAAGUGACUAAAUCACAAUCUAGAACAUCAGAAUCCAAAACACAACUACAUUUACCACCUGAAAAUAAAUUAUCUGAACUAGAGGGAGAGUCAAAAUUACUUACUCCCAUUAUUUCUGUGCAAGAAAAGGCUCUUCCAUCAGUGAUUACUCCCAUUAUUGAUGGUUCCAUGAGUGAACCAAAAACCAAAUUACUAUCUUCAACAGCUUCUCAUGAUGACUCACCAAAAAUGGCAGAUGUACAAGGAAUUAUAUCACAGACAGCUGGUAUCAUUUCUAAAACCGAUAGUAAAAUGCCAUCAAAAAUGGAACCACUAUCUAAAGAACAUGUUCCUGAAACCCUACAAAGCAAAUUAUCUAAAUCUGAAAAAGAACCACAAACAGUUAGUAAAACUAUUGUGGAUCCUGUUGGUGUUACGGGAAGUGAAAUAGUACACAAAUCAACAGCAUCUGGUAUGGGACCUCAGGACAUGUCAGAAAAUGAAGAACAUAUAGAAAAUACCUCUGAUGUUUUACUUGUCACAGAAGUGACUAAAUCACAAUCUAGAACAUCAGAAUCCAAAACACAACUACAUUUACCACCUGAAAAUAAAUUAUCUGAACUAGAGGGAGAGUCAAAAUUACUUACUCCCAUUAUUUCUGUGCAAGGAAAGGCUCUUCCAUCAGUGCUUACUCCCAUUAUUGAUGGUUCCAUAAGUAAACCAAAAACCAAAUUACUAUCUUCAACAGCUUCUCAUGAUGACUCACCAAAAAUGGCAGAUGUACAAGGAAUUAUAUCUCAGACUUAUGGUCUCAUUUCUAAAACCGAUAGUACAACACCAUUAAAACAGGAACCACUAUCUAAAGAACAUAUUCCUGAAACCCUACAAAGCAAAUUAUCAAAAUCUGAAAUAGAACCAAAACCAGUUAGUCAAACUAUUGUGGAUCCUGUUGGUGUUACGGGAAGUGACAUAGUACACAAAUCAACAGCACCUGGUGUGGGACCUCAGGACAUGUCAGGAAAUGAAGAACAUAUAGAAAAAACUCCUGAUGUUUUACCUGAUAAAGAAGUGACAAAAUCACAAUCUAGAACAUCAGAAUCUAAAACACAACUACAUAUACCACCUAAAAAUAAAUUAUCUGAACUAGAGGGAGAGUCAAAAUUACUUGCUCCCAUUAUUUCUGUGCAAGAAAAGGCUCUUCCAACAUUGGUUAUUCCCAUUAUUGAUGGUUCCAUGAGUGAACCAAAAACCAAAUUACUAUCUUCAACAGCUUCUCAUGAUGACUCACCAAAAAUGGCAAAUGUACAAGGAAUCAAAUCACAGACAUCUGAUCUCAUAUCUAAAACCGAUAGUAAAACACUAUCAAAAAUGGAACCACUGUCUAAAGAACAUUUUCCUGAAACCCUACAAAGCAAAUUAUCAAAAUCUGAAAUAGAACCAAAACCAGUUAGUCAAAGUAUUGUGGAUCCUGUUGGUGUUACGGGAAGUGAAAUAGUACACAAAUCAACAGCACCUGGUGUGGGACCUCAGGACAUGUCAGGAAAUGAAGAACAUAUAGAAAAAACUUCUGAUGUUUUACCUGACACAGAAGUGACCAAAUCACAAUCUAGAACAUCUGAAUUCAAAGAAAAACUACUUGUCCCACCUAAAGGUGAAUUAUCUGCAAUAGAGAGAGAGUCAAAAUCACUUCCUUCUGUUAUUGAUGAUUCUACUAAUAAGUCGAAAACCAAAUUAGUACCUUCGUUGAGAGCUCCUCAUGAGGUCUCACUAGAAACUGAAAAUGGCCAAAAGGGAAUAUCACUCACAUCUGAUGUCAUUUCUAAAACAGAACUUACAUUGUCAACAAAAGAGUCACUACCUAAAGGAUAUACUACUGAAGCAGUACAAAACAAGCCUAUUCAUUCCAAGGUGCAACUUAUCCCUGAAAAGUCUUCAAGGAACGCUAGCGGUACUUUAACCAUAAAGCUGGAUAAUAUUGAUCCUCUUGAAGAAACAACUGUUUUAGCUUCUUCACAAUCUAAUAAUGAACCAGAAAUACCGCAACAGAAAUUGUCAGUUCGUGCAGACACCAAGCCCAUAAGAAGUGGUGCCAUAGAUGACCCUACAAAAAAAGUUGUUGGCCAAGUUAAAAUGGUUGCAGAGCCAAAAACUCAUCCCUUAAAAACGACUGAUGGUAGACCUGUUAAGGUAGACACUACAGCCACAGAAGAUAUGUUAACAUUAGUUAAAGAAGGUGUAGACAUUAAAUCAGUUCCACUUGAAAUCAGCAAAGGAAAGGAACCAAGUCUGCCAACGAAGAAAAUUGAUGAACCCAAGAUAGAAACACAAAUUGUUCAACGUAAACUGUGGGAGAAGGAUCACCUGAUCAAGUCAAUGGCUGACCAAUUACGUGAGAUAUUCCACAACAGCCAGUCGCCUGGCAGCAUCAAGGGUCUAGAGGAAGCCACAAGCAGUGACCCUGUCAAGACAUAUGACUUUGACGUAGAUACUCUACUCAUGUAUCUCAAAGGGGAAGAGCCUCAGAACUACCCAGAAUUCAUGAUGAGCAAUGAAAAAUACUCAAGCCUCAAUCCACUAAACGUAAAAAUAGUAAAAAAACUUGAUGACAACAGUCUAAUGAUUGAAUGGGGACCUCCACCGCCAGCAGAAGUUGUUGGAUUUCAGAUAUUUGUAAAUGGUCAUUUCAUGUACUGGGCACAUUCAGCAAAGCGAAACUUGGCACUGCUUCAACCUCUGGACCUCAAGCUGCUCCUCGACAUUACUGUCUGCCCUAUCAAUGUAGAAGGCCAAAUUAUGUUUCAAUCCAGUACAACUUAUAAGCCUGAGUGAAAUAAUUUAGAGAUCAGUAUUUAUUUUUAAUGUAUAUAUUCUAAUUUCA